AUGAACGAUUACCAUUAUUUGUGUAACAAUUCACAUCAUUUUAGCACAAAUAGUGUCUCAAAGACAGCAAAUAGUAACCCUGUACAGUCACUAUGGACUGCAUUCAAAACUUACGCAGGCUUACAAGGAGGACACCCUGAUAAAAUAAGUGAGGAUGUAUUUAAGUACUCAAUAAACCUUUUAAUUGCACAGAAAGACCCAUUUACUUAUCGCAACUUUAGGAAUUAUUUAAAGGGUUUGUGCGAAUAUUGUCGCAUAAUAGGCCCGAAGGCAAUGCCAGAGGACAAACUUGAUGAAUCUCUACUAUUUCUAUUGAAUCAAUACAAGAUAACUAUGGUAAUGACUGAAUGUGAACUGGAAGCAUGCAGCCAUAAAUAUUUCACAGGCGAGACCAAAAAGCUAUUGGCCGAAGCAGCAAAAGUUGAACUUGAAGUUGUUGAAAAUAUGCUAUUACAUUUUGACGUGUGUAAGACUGAUCGCAAAUGGUAUCUACUAAGGCAAGCAUUAGGCCGGCCCCUACCUAAGAGUUAUGAUGAACGGGAAUAUGAGUCUUACCAGCGACCGAUAAUGGAAUAUAUAAGGAUGAAGAACCCACCGACACUGGAAGCUGAGAUGAUCGUCAAUAAGUCCAAAGAAUCAAAAAAAUACAUUGACCAUCGAAAGCCAAAGCAAUGGCCUUGGUUUAGGAAGCCCACCAGUGGUAUUAGCAGGUGGAGAACGCGUCCCUUCACCAAAUAUUUUCCACACCAUUUAAUCAAGCUAUGA